AAAUUGAGAAGAAAAAUAAGUUUUCUAAUAAGAACCCGAAAAUUUCAACGGUUUGUCUGAAUUCUGGAAAAAUUGUUUGGGGGUGGUAAAAAGAAACGAAAACCCUUUGCAAAAGAAGUUUCGUCCUUUGCAGAUCUGAAGGGGGAAAUUCGCUUCUCGAGGAUCCGCCAUUUCUCCGGCGAAAAGGGUUGAUUGGGCUAUUGGAGAGGGAAAAUGGCGCAUAGGGUAGAUCAAGAUUACGAUUAUUUGUUUAAGAUCGUGUUGAUCGGUGAUUCUGGUGUUGGCAAAUCCAACAUCUUGUCUAGAUUCACCAGAAAUGAGUUUUGCCUGGAAUCCAAGUCCACCAUUGGCGUCGAAUUCGCCACCAGAACUCUUCAGGUAGAGGGAAAGACCAUCAAGGCGCAGAUAUGGGACACUGCAGGGCAAGAGCGGUAUCGGGCAAUCACCAGCGCUUAUUACAGAGGAGCAGUAGGUGCGUUUCUUGUCUACGACAUAACCAAGAGACAGACCUUCGAUAAUGUCCAGAGGUGGCUACGUGAGCUGAGAGACCAUGCGGAUUCAAACAUUGUGAUAAUGAUGGCUGGGAACAAAUCCGAUCUUAACCACUUGAGAUCAGUUGCUGAGGAGGACGGCCAGUCAUUGGCCGAGAAGGAAGGUCUGUCCUUCCUCGAGACAUCUGCCCUGGAAGCCACCAACGUGGAGAAGGCCUUUCAGACCAUUUUAACUGAGAUUUACCAUAUCGUCAGCAAAAAGGCACUGGCUGCACAAGAAGCAGCCGCUGCUAACUCUGCCAUUCCUGGUCAAGGAACUACCAUUAACGUAGAUGACGCAUCAGGAGUCACUAAACGUGGAUGUUGCUCUACUUAAGUUUUGGCUGAAGCGUUAUGGAAGACAAUGUAGAAUACUACUGCUUUCCAUUUACUCUCUCUUCGGUUGGGUUUGAGAUUCUGUAAACAAAAAAGAAAACUUGCCAGUAUACGUUAGAAUCUGCGGUGUUUCCUUUCCGAUGUCUUGUCUCUGUAUGUUCCAUUUCUUCUGGUUCACAGCAAGUGUACUGUGUUCAUUCUUUCUUCUUUCUGGAUUCGGUUUGGUUUA